GCCAGAGGGAGCUUAGUGACAAAUGGUGCAACAGUGCCCACUCCUGGCUGCUCCACAGCUCCGAGCUGUGACUGGGAAUUACACAACUUCUGGAAAAGUCCAAAGCCACAGGGCGUGAAUCACAGUGUCAACAUCACCGCUAGGUCCUGUAUAAAUAUCUAGCGGAAGACAGCCUCACUGCGCUUCAUCCGCUCUGAAGAGGCAAGAUCAACAGGGAGGUGAGUGGUCCUCUUCUGCCUGGCAGCCCGGCUAGGUGGGAGGAAAAUGCCUAUUGUGUGUCUUCAGGGUACCAGCCCUGUGCACAGCUGCCUUCUGCUGCACUAGACAGAACUGCAGUAGGAAUAUCCUUUAAAUGCUUGAUUUGUCUUUAGAAUUGUACAUGGGGCUGAUGCUACAGUUUUUUGCCAUGUUGUUUAUUAUGAUAAAGAUUGUUUCUAUUUGAUCCUGCAGAAAUUCUGUACAGUGAUGAUACUGUUAUUCCUAAUUCUUACUCAUGGGUGACCUCUAUUCAAAACUGCUGCUGCCUCUACCUGGGAAUGACCCAGAUACGUACUGCAUAUAUCACAGCAUUUUAAGGCUGCAAGCUUUAUCCAAUGCAUUUGCUAUAAAGACUACACAAUUGGAUAAUUUAAUUCAGCAUCCUCAAAGGCACAAAGUCUCUCUGAGUUAGAGAGCUGUUAUUGAGUUGAUAUUGUAGCUGCACAGGGCACGUUUGAGUGAGAUGGACAGAGCAGAGAGCAAUCAAGGCUGGACGCUACAGUUCUCGGACCCCAUGUUUUUUCCUAGUAGGAGUGUAUUAGAAUGUGCAAAUCCCUUCUAAUGCAGAGCUCUGUCCAUCUGCGUGAUUGAGCAGAAUUGUGGGUUCUACUAUUGUGGGUUCUUCUUCUGGGUUCUAUUAACAGUGUUCUACUUUUUCCUGCAAGUCCUACAAGUACUAUUGGACCUUAUUUAUGAGUAGGACAUUGUUUGAACUUGUUAUUGACUUAUUUUUCUCCCAUUAUUAUUUUGCCUUAUAUCCAGACCUGUAAGAUAUGUAAGGCUAGUAGUCAUGUGACUGAAAAUGUCAACAUUAUGACUGUUUUCCCUUAAUGGCAAGAUAUUUACUUCAAUAGUGACAUUUCAAUUGAAUAUCUGGUACCAAAAUUGAAAGGAUGUGUAAUGUUUUCCAAAUCUAGACAUUGGGAUUUAUUUUUCCCCCCCAACGAUUCAGUGUUUUCUGGGAAGUUGCACAGUGAGUGUGUUGAAUACACAAGGGAUUAUAGGGCUGCCUGGAAUAAUCACAGAGAUUAGUGGAGAAUAAUUUGUGUUUGUUUCUGUUCCAUUCCAACAGGGAGAUCUGUCAGAUAAGCUCCCCCUAGGGCUGGUUUCAAUCUGUUGCUCCGAAGAUCAGCGUUGUAGCAUGAUUUAAAUGUAUAGGCAUUGUUUCCGUGUUCGCGGAGACUGCAUUCACGGUAAACGAUAAACGCUGCAUAUGUCGACUCAAUUGAAAAGUAACUUUACAUUUCAACCGCGCUACAACUCUGCUCUUCGGCGCUAUGGAUUGAAUCCAGCCCCUAAUCUCCACAUUGUAUCCAUGUCACAGGGCUCAUCUUGAGCCUAAUGUCUAUACUUAUAUCAAAUUAGAAAAGUAUAAAAUAGAAGAAAUGUCUAUGAUGUAAUGCAGUAUAAAGACACUUUAUCCUUUGGAACAAAUCAGUAAAUGUCAGCAUUAAAGGAAAAGGAUUUAAAUUAUGCUGUGUCACGCUAUUGUCAUUGUUAGAUGGGCAACAUUACCCUCUAGUGGGUAUUAUCAACAUCACAACAACACCAAGGUCAGACGUGGACUAUGAGGUCCUUUUGCAGUGCUUUUCACAAGAGGUGUUAUGAUUACAUCCGAAAUACCCUCAGCCCCAAGUAGCUUCCAUAGAUGUUUUCCCCCAUAAAUGUAUUAAAUCUAGGUUUGCCAGUUAUAUUGUAUCAUGUCUGUUUUUCAGGUGUGUACUGCAUCAGUCGCUUGGGAUCUAAGAAACAGGAAUGAUGAGAGUCUUUGGGUCACUAGUGGGCCUUGCUCUGCUUCUGCUAUCUACUGAGUGUCUGCUGCCUCCAUCCAAGGAGGAUCUAAGCCGUAAGCCAUCAUAUAACUAAAUAUUACAAAAAUAUCUUCAAAUUGUUCUGAAUAGCAGUAUACUGUAUAAUGCAGGGUGUUCUGUGAAUUUUAAGUCCAUUUAAGUCGCUGUGGAGAUUUAUUUUGAGCAAUUGUUCUCUGCAGAGAUUUCUCUCCUGGGGGUGAAGUACCUGGACAAGCAGAUAGAGAAUGCCAUCAGUGGGGUGAAGGAGAUGAAGACAGUGAUGGAGAGGUCUGGAGAGGAUCACAAUAAGUUCCUGAGUGCCCUGGAGAAAACUAAACAGCAAAAAGAGGUACAGUACAUUUGACGUAUUGUACCAUGAGCUGUCAUCACUGUUUUGGACAAAAUUAAGAUCACACUGUACAUUUUGUGUGCAAUUCAUCAGCAAUAGUCACCAAGUUCUUUUUAGACCACUGACUCGGUUGCUGUGUUUGUUUCCCAGGAUGCUCUGAAGGCAGCUCAGGAGAUGGAGACGAAACUGAGUGAGGAGCAGGAGGUGUGUAACGGCACCAUGCAGUCUCUGUGGGAGGAGUGCAAGCCCUGCCUGAAGAACACCUGUAUCAAGUACUACUCCAAGACCUGCAGCAGUGGCGCUAGACUGAUCGGCAGACAGGUACCGCCUCAACUACACAGAACUAUCAUCAAUCAAUCUCCACAUUGGUUUGCAAUUGUAGUUCAAAUAUGUUGUGUGAGCUAGACUUACACAGAGACAAGCAGUACAGCUGAUCAAUGUGUUUAAGCUAUUGUUAUACAAUCCUUCCAAAUAAAAUAGGUCACUGUUGUACUAGCUGCUUUCUCCUGUUUCUCUCUCAGCUGGAGGAGGUUCUGAACAGGACCUCUCCAUUCUCCAUCUGGAUCAACGGGGAGAACAUGGAUGUUCUGGAGCGGGAGGACCAGGAGCAGAGCCAGAGGUUCCAGAACCUGGAGGAGCGCUACUCCGACGUGGCCGAUGGGGUGGACAGCAUCUUCAUGGACAGCAUGAGGGUGUUUGACCACAUGCGCUCCCUCAACCCUCCCAUGUUCUCCAGCCCCUUCCGCAUGCCCAGCAUCUGGGGUCAGAGUGAGAGGGCAGAGGCGGGCGAGGUGCGCUCCCGUAUGGUCAGGUCCCCUUUGCAGGACCCAGACUUCCAUGGGUUCCACAACAUGUUCGCUCCCAUGAUGGACAUGGCCCGGAAUAUCUUCGGCUCCAUGGGGCCUGUCAUGGACGCAGAUGCUAACUUUGACAUCAACCCCUCAGAGGGUAUACCUCAGUCCUAAUUAAACAACUGUUAUUAUACAAUAAUAUGAUUUAUAACGUUUACAUAAAUUAUCUUGGGUUUCUUUUUUCCACAGAGGGGAGUGUGAAUGAGGAUGUUGUUGUGACAAAGCCUUCUGGUAUGACCUGCAGAGAGAUACGUCGCAAUUCUGCUGGCUGCAUUAAACUGCGAGGAGAGUGUGAAAAAUGUGUAGCGAUCCAGGAUAUUGGUAAAGCCCAUCAUAUUUAUUAGUAUUUCUCUUUCGCACAAUUCUGCAACAUUCAUAUAACCCAGGUGAUUCAAAACUCAGAGGUCAGAACAGGUCUCAACAAAAACAAGCAGGAUUAUCAUUGGCACAUCACAGGGAGUAGCAUUCAUCAUGCACUGGCUUGUACACCUACACUUUCAAGUGUCUACGAUACCAUAAAGUCAUGCCUUCGCUGAGUCAGGUAUAAUAAGUUGCUAUUACAUCACACCAAAUAUUGCUGACAUAGGGCUUGAGGGACACCAGCGACUCUGUUGACUAUAGAGUUGUGUAUUACAUGAAUUGUGGUUCUCUCCUCCAGACUGCUCAGGGAAGAAGCCUCUGGCUGGUCCUCUGAAGAAGGACCUGGAGCAGGCCCUGGCCAUGGCAGAGAAGUACACUCAGGAGUACAGCAAGCGGCUGAGGAGGUUUGAGGAGCAGAUGUCCAACACCUCCAGCCUGCUGGACCUUUUUAGCAAGCAGUUUGGCUGGGUGUCUGCCCUGGCCAACAACACCAACGAUGGAAUCUUUAAGAUCAAAACGGUGACACUCCAUAGUCUGCAUUGCGUUUCUAUUACUAAAGUAUCUUACCUAUUUCUUUGUAACAUGGUCUUAUGAAUAGACUUAUGUCUUGAACUCCUCCAAGGUCAUGUCCAAGGACACAGAGGACCCUGAGAAGCCAGGGGAAACCAAUGUGUCUGUCCAGUUGUUUGACACCCCCGCCAUGACCUUCAGUGUGCCUGGAGACAUCCCCUGGAAUGACUCCAAGUUCUCUGAGGUGGUGGCGCAGGAGGCCCUAGACCGCUACAAACAGACCACUGUGUGAGUGCUUUUGUGUCAGUGGACCAAUAAUAAUAAAAUUACAAAUCAUACCAGGUUUUAUAGCAAGUACAUUUUAAAGUGAGACAGGAGACAAUGUCAUGAAGUGGAUUUUGAAUUGACCUUAUUUCCUUUCCAGAGUGGUGAAGUAGAAAUUGGAGGAGACCCCACCGUGCACCACUACACGAAGCAGAAUGUUCAGGAUGAUUUCACAUGGUCAACUAGAAACAGAAGUGAAACCUGUCAUCAUUGUUGUUGUUGAUCAUAUUACAAGUAAUUGUAUUACUGUAUAUUAUGUGUAACUAGAGCUCAUCCUGCUGUAAGAACCUAACUAUAAAUAACGCACCAAGUCCUGUUGUCUUGAGGAAAUAGAAUAUAGUACUGCUGUUGCCCUUGAGUAAAACCUGCUCACUGCUCUUCACUUCAUGUUAAUUGCUACUGUUCCUUUUGUACUCUUCUGCACAGCAACGUACAACUAAGCAAUAUAAGUAAAUGAGACCUGACAAAAACACCACCACUGUAUCUCUGAUUAUUUACUUGCCCAAGUUCUAUGAAAAAUGUUACAUCAGCUUAUAAAGGAUCUUGUCAGACUGGAAUGCAUCAAAUUUUACUAUCAAGACUUAAAAUGUAGCAAUACAAGCAUUUCUUCCAACGGUAU